CAAUGAAGCGAGCUCCGAGUCAUAACGGUCACAGUGUCACACCAUGGCUCCAGGGCCACUGACUCUGGCCGUGACUGUCCUAGAGCAAUACCACGUCUCUCCAACUCCGGCGCCGGCGCCCGGUCAGCUACGGUCUCUGCCGCUCACGUUCUUCGACCUAGUCUUCUGGGACUUCCCGCCCGUGCAGCGCCUCUUCUUCUACGCCAGCGCCGAUCUCUCCGACGUCCCCGACUUCCUCCACAGCAAGCUUCCCCUGCUCAAUGAGUCCCUGGCUGCUGCGCUGCACCAUUUCUACCCCUUGGCCGGGCGGUUGCCGUGCAGGAUACAGGAGUGCGCGUCGCCGGAGGUUGUAUACUCGGACGGAGACUCCGUUCGCCUGACCGUCGCCGUCAGCCGCGACGACUUCCAGGACCUCGCCGGCGACCACCCCCGCGACACCGCGAGGUUACGUCCGCUGCUGCCUCCGCUGGCCAAGCAUGGCGGCUGUCAUCGGCCGUCGCAGGACGUGCUCGCCGUCCAGGUCACUGUGUUCCCGGGCGCGGGCGUUUGUGUGGGCACGACGCUGCACCACGCCGUGGCCGACGGGUCCAGCUACGUGCACUUCUUGAAGACGUGGGCCGCCAUUCACCGCCUCGGCGACGAGUGCAGGGAAGCGGUGGUGGUGGGCUACACUCCCCCGCUGUUCGACCGCGGCGUCCUGCGAGACGACACCGCACUCCGGGAGUCGUUUAUCCACGACCACCGGCAUCUGGUGGAGUCCGGCGACAGGAGGCUCGACGAAUGGGACGUCAGUCGGCGGCCAGACACCGUGCUCGCGACGUUCAGGUUCACGGACGAGCUGCUUCGCAGGCUGGGGAGGCACGUCGAGUCGGAUACCUCGGCGCGGUGCUCGCCGUACGCGCUGGUGUGCGGCGCCGCGUGGGCCGGCAUCGUGCGCGCACGAUGCGUCGGCGGCGGCGGCGACGCAGACGACGACGGCGACAACGCGCGGUUCGGGUUUGUGACCGGGUGCAAGCCACGCAUGAGCCCGCCGAUACCGUCGAGCUACUUCGGCAACUGCCUGGGGCUGUGCUUCGUGGAGGCCGAUCGGCGAUGCCUCACCGCGGCGAGCGCCUCGGCGGCCAUCUGGCUUGUCAUCGCGGGGCUCGCCGAGCAGGGGCGGGCACUCCGGGACGCGCGCGGCUGGGUGCGUGGAGCGCGGGAGUACGCGGCGGCGCGCGCGGUGACGGUCGCGGGUUCCCCGAAGCUGGGCGUGUACGCGGCGGCGGAUUUCGGCGCAGCGUGGGGCGGUCAGCCGCGGAAGGUGGAGAUAGUGUCGGUCGAGCGCACCGGCGCGCUGGCGCUGGCGGAGAGCGGGGGGCGCAACGGGGACGGCGGCAUCGAGGUCGGGCUGGCGCUGCCGCGUCUGCAGAUGGAGGCGUUCCGCGCGUUCCACGCCGAGCUGGUUGGCCUGCUUCACGCCAAUGACGUGGCCACGCCGUUGCUGCGAGAGCCUAAAUCAUGAGAUUAAUUAUUUGCGUCGGAGCACGUGGGGGAUGGUGAAUAGGCUCACCAUUUCCUUGUCUACCUAUUGGAUUGGGAUCAUUUUUAAAUUUGUAGUUUGAUUUUGUUUGGUAUGUGUCCGUACUUAUCACCACGUGACUAUGGACCCCAAGGACGAUGUUGACAGCAUACAGAGACAUGUUGCAUACUCCUAUGUUUUAGUGUUGAGUGGCCUCCGCGUGAAACUGUGAGCGACGUGGAACCUU